AUGCUCUCGAUGCUGCGGGUUCCUGCGCAGCGCCACGCGCUGCGCCGCCAGAUUGGGGGGGUUGCCGCAGCACCAGGGACAGAGCAAAACAACCAGAAGCUCCGGGGGCCGGAGAUGUGGAACGUGACUGGCCAGCUGCUGCUGGGCGUGCUCUUUUCGACGUUUGCCUACUUCGGGAAGGACUUCAUCGCCGACACGCGCGACAGAUUCGAUAAGCUCGACAACAAAAUCGAGAAGCUCGACGCCAGGCUCGAGGCCAAGAUCGACGCAGCCGUCCAAGGCAUCAAUGCCAGGUUCGACGCAUUGAUCCACUCACAGCUGCUGGACCGCGUGGCGCGGCUGGAGGAUGACCGGAUGUCAUCCAGCAGGGGCAAGUAG